AUGCCCAAAAGAAAGGCUGAAGGGGAGGCUAAAGGAGACAAAGCCAAGGUGAGGGACGAGCCACAGAGAAGAUCUGCAAAGUUGUCUGAUAAACCCGCUCCUCCAAAGCCAGAGCCCAAGCCUAGAAAGGGCCCUGCAAAGAAGUGGGAGAAGAUACCCAAGGGGAAGAAGGGGAAAGUCAGUAAGGAUGCGAAUAAUCCUGCAGAAAAUGGAGACUCCAAAACAGAGCAAGCACAGAAAGCUGAAGGUGCUGGAGAUAACAAGUGA